AUGGCGGGCGCAGCACAAUCCACUGCUGCAGAUGGCAUGCCCUGGCCAAAGUGCAAGACUGACAUGGACUGGGAUAAGAAGCCUCUGGGCCGUGGUUACUUCGGCGAAGUGUGGCGCUGCAUGCGCCCCGCGAAGGCACACUCUUCGCUGAUUUGGGCUGUAAAGAAGAUACCAAAGUCGCUGGUUCAGCAGCACAGCCUCACCGAGCAGAUGCACAGAGAGAUAAGCAUCAUGCGAAGCCUGAGACACCCGCACAUUGUGGAGCUCCACUUCAGCUUCGAAGAUGAGAGCCACCUUUUCUUGGGCAUGGAGUUUGCCGAAGGGGGUGGCAUGUUUGAUCUCCUCAGCAAGGUUGGCAAGUUCACGGUGGAGCUCUCCGCCCAGCACUUCUAUGAGGUGUGUGAUGCACUGGAUUACUUGCACAAUCGCGACCCAAAGAUUAUCCACCGGGACAUAAAGCCUGAGAACAUCCUCCUCGACAAGGCCAUGCAUGCGAAGCUGGCAGACUUCGGGUGGUCGAACGUCAUGGAGAACGUAUCUUACAG